AUGAUUGAUCGGAGUGUCCUUGAUGGAUACAUCGGAGAAUAUAAACGUUCAAGUGACUACCUACAUUUGUAUACUCCUACGCUGCGGAUAGUGAGACCUGUCGGAUCGGUUGGAACAGCUGAUCGGAGAAACAGCUCUUUACGUAAUGCACCACCUGGCUGGGAUCGGCCUCACUUCCCACACUCUCUGAGUAAGCUCAUCACCCGGCAGGUAUUGAGGCAUCUCACUUCCUCCCACUGCUUUCUGACGGAUUCUCAGAUAUCAGGGUGGGAUUUGUGA